UUUUGUCGGGGUCGCGGACGCGGUGCAGGGUGAGAGCGGGAGAUGUGAGGGAGCCGGGCCCGGGACAGGGACAGCAGAGGGACCGGGACACGGCAGGCCGGGCCGGGAUAGGGCCGGGGCGGUGUGUGAGGGCGCUCCGGGCCCGCGGGCUGUACAUUUACCGAUUGCUGAGGAGCCCGGUGGCGCGGAGCCUGGGUGCCGGCCGGCCGGCCGGCCUGCCUGCCGCUGUUGUUCCCCGAGCCGGUGUCAGCGUCCCCCUCGGCCCAGGCAGCGAGCGGGGGUGCGGAGAGUAGGCCUCCCCUGGAGCCCGGCCCCGGCCCCGGCCCACCAUGAUGUGCGAGGUGAUGCCGACCAUCAGCGAGGACACGCUGAGCCCCCGGGCUUCCCAGUGCGGCCCCGACACCGAGGCCAACUUCGAGCAGCUGAUGGUGAACAUGCUGGAUGAGAGGGACAAGCUGCUGGAGAGUCUCCGGGAGAGCCAGGAGGCGCUGGCCCUGUGUCAGGCCAAGAUGCAGGAGGCCUUCCAUGAAAGGGACUCACUACAGAGGCAGCUCAACACCGCCUUACCUCAGGAGUUUGCAGCACUUACAAAAGAAUUAAAUGUAUGCAGAGAGCAUCUCCUGGAAAGAGAGGAAGAAAUUUCUGAACUGAAAGCAGAAAGAAACAACACUCGGCUGCUCUUGGAACACCUCGAGUGUCUCGUUUCCCGACAUGAGCGAUCACUCAGAAUGACGGUCGUGAAGAGGCAGGCUCAAUCACCUGCAGGAGUUUCAAGUGAAGUAGAAGUUCUGAAAGCACUCAAAUCGUUAUUUGAGCACCACAAAGCUUUAGAUGAAAAGGUACGAGAGCGGUUACGAGUAGCACUAGAAAGAGUUAGUGCUUUAGAAGAAGAAAUAGUAGUUAGAGAGAAAGAGAUCUCAUUAUUUAAAGAGCAGCACACACUUACUCCGAAGAAAGGUGUAACAGAUCCACUAGAAGAUGGAAAGCGUGACAGUGAAAAUACACCAAGCACGAAUGGCAUGCAGAGAUUUUCUAAUUGUUCCAUAAACCAUGAAGAAGAUUCAAUUAAAGUAAUAGAACUUCAGGAGACAAUAGAUAAACAAAACAAGGAGCAAGGACAGUUAAAGGAUCGAUUGGCUACUCUCUCUAGUAGGGUGUCAGAACUUGAAGAGGAUCUGGAUACAGCUCGCAAAGACUUAAUUAAAUCUGAGGAAAUGAACACUAAACUUCAGAGGGACUUGCGUGAGGCCAUGGCCCAGAAAGAUGAUAUGGAGGAAAGAAUAACAACUCUCGAAAAACGCUACCUCAGUGCACAACGUGAAUCCACGUCUGUACAUGAUCUCAAUGAUAAACUUGAAAAUGAACUCGCCAAUAAAGAUGCUUUAUACUUACAGAGUGAAGAGAAGAACCGUCAGUUGCAAGAACGGUUGGAACUUGCUGAACAAAAGCUGCAACAAACUCUCCGAAAGGCAGAAACACUACCAGAAGUAGAAGCAGAGUUGGCACAGAGAGUGGCAGCUCUUACAAAGGCUGAAGAAAGGCAUGGAAAUAUUGAAGAAAGGUUACGACAGUUGGAGGCACAGCUUGAAGAAAAGAAUCAAGAAUUACAACGAGCUCGACAGAGGGAAAAGAUGAAUGAAGAACACAAUAAGCGAUUAUCGGACACAGUAGAUAAACUCCUGUCAGAGUCCAAUGAAAGACUUCAGCUUCACCUAAAGGAAAGGAUGGCUGCAUUAGAGGAAAAGAAUUCCCUUAUCCGGGAGCUUGAAAAUACAAAGCAGCUAAUUGAAGAAACACACCAUGAAAAGAAUAAAUUGUUAGCUGAGAAUGAUCAAUGGCGAGUGAAAGCUGCUUCUUUUGGAGACGCUCUGCAUCAUAGCAGGUCACAUUUAGGUAGUCCCUCUGAUUUUAGGUACCCAAUAACAUCUGCGUCAGAGGUAGACAAACACCCAGACCAAUACAGCGGUGCAUCAGUAUUACGUAGAACUCAGAAGGGCCGCUUAGCAGCUUUAAGAGAUGAACCUUCAAAGGUUCAGACAUUGAAUGAACAAGAAUGGGAGCGUGCACAACAAGCUAGUGUCUUGGCAAAUGUAGCCCAGGCCUUUGAGAGUGAUGCUGAAGUAUCCGAUGCAGAAGAUGAUAGAGAAACAAUAUUCAGCUCUGUCGACCUGCUGUCACCAAGUGGUCAGGCAGAUGCCCAGACUUUGGCUAUGAUGCUUCAAGAACAGUUGGAUGCUAUCAAUAAUGAAAUAAGGCUGAUCCAAGAAGAAAAGGAGUCAACACAGCAGAGGGCAGAAGAGAUCGAAAGCCGAGUUGGAAGUGGUAGCCUGGAUGGUCUGAAUCUUUGCCGAUACAGAGGGGGUACACUUCCCGCCUCAUUUACGGGUUCGUCUCUCGCGAGUUCCUCUCCACCUGGAAGUGGACACUCCACGCCAAGACGGACCCCUCGAAACCCUGCUCAUGAGAUUGACAGGCUUGGUGUCAUGACCUUGCUGGAGAAGGAGGAUACUCGGGAAGACAAAACGACAAUAAAGUGUGAAACCUCCCCACCUUCCACACCAAGGUCCAUUCAAUUGGGCAGGUUGCACCAAGGUGCCUCUCACACCGUCAGUCAGGAGGAUAUUCGGGACAUAAGAAGUUCAACUGGGUCACAGGAUGGCCAAGUCAGCAAUCCCAGUAGCAGCAACAGCAGUCAAGAUUCUCUUCACAAAGCUCCCAAAAAGAAAAGCAUAAAGUCAUCUUUUGGGCGCCUGUUUGGUAAGAAAGAGAAAGGUCGGCUUGGGCAGCCCAGCAAAGAUCCCACAGGGCAAGCUGGCAUACCUGAUAUGGAAACGUGUCCUCAGGAUACCUUGGGACUCAGUAAACUUGGCCAAGCAGAAAAAGAUAGAAAGUUGAAAAAGAAUAAUAAAUCAGGGACCGAGUUGUUGGAAGAAGCACGAAGACAAGGUCUCCCGUUUGCACUCUGGGAUGGGCCCACCGUCGUCGUGUGGCUGGAGCUAUGGGUUGGAAUGCCGGCAUGGUAUGUAGCAGCUUGUAGAGCCAACGUAAAAAGUGGUGCUAUUAUGUCAGCCUUAUCAGACACUGAAAUACAACGUGAGAUUGGAAUCAGUAAUCCACUCCACAGAUUAAAAUUACGUCUAGCUAUCCAGGAGAUGGUAUCACUCACCAGUCCUUCAGCACCUGCGACGUCUAGAACGACCUUAGCGUAUGGGGACAUGAAUCAUGAGUGGAUCGGCAAUGAGUGGCUUCCUAGCUUGGGUUUACCUCAGUAUCGCAGUUACUUUAUGGAAUGUCUAGUUGAUGCUCGAAUGCUGGACCAUUUGACAAAAAAAGAUCUUCGGGGGCAACUCAAAAUGGUUGAUAGUUUUCACAGAAAAAGCUUACAUUGUGGAAUAAUGGCUUUAAAAAGACUAAAUUAUGAUCGUAAGGAACUGGAAAGGAGGCGUGAAGAUAGUCAACAUGAAAUUAAAGAUGUUAUGGUGUGGACUAAUGAGCGAGUGAUACGCUGGGUGCAGUCAAUUGGACUUAAGGAAUAUGCCAAUAAUCUUUUGGAAAUUGGAGUUCACGGUGGACUAAUUGCUUUAGAUGAACUUUUUGAUUACAAUGCAUUAGCUCUAUUGUUACAGAUACCAACACAAAACACACAGGCACGCCAAUCAUUGGAGAGAGAAUUUAACAACCUCUUGGCACUUGGAACAGACCGAAGACUAGAUGAUGAGGACGAAAAGGGUUUCAGAAGAGCACCUUCUUGGAGAAAAAAGUUCCGACCAAAGGACGUAAGGGGUAUGACACCUGGAUCAGCAGAGACAUUACCUGCUAAUUUUAGAGUUACCUCAACAAUGUCUUCACCUUCCGUGCAGCCAAAGAAGAUGCAAACUGAUGGCAAUAUUUCUGGAGAGCCAAGAAUGGAUUCCACGACAGUACGAACCUAUUCGUGUUAAUUUUGGUCCAUUCGCACUAUUUCAACUGAUGACUGCACAGCAUUGAAAGCCUUCAUGCAGUAAUUAUACAUCACAUGAGUUGCUGACAAAGCUGGGGAAUCUGUGAUGUAGCAAUAUUUCUAACUUGGACUUAAUAUUUUAAUACAGAGAUUUAAACUAGUUGAACCACAACUCAUGAUAUCCUAGAUAUAAAGUUUUAGAAUAAAUGUUUCUUAUAUUUAUGUAAACCUGUUUCAAUAUUGAUUUAUUGUAGAUCUGGCACCUAGCUUUAAUUGCGUACCCUUGCUUAGAACACAUUUUAUAACUAUGUACAAUCUUUCUUAAAUCAAUUUUCUUUACUCUUAAUCAUGUUACUUUUUUCAAAGAAAUGUAUCAUAUGUCUGUAUGUAUUCAUCCCUAUGAGAAUUGUGGGGGUUUUGUAAAUCAUUGUGUAAUUACUACAAAUAUUCAGAUUUUUUUAUAAAGUUGAGGACAAAACUGUGGGUGUAGUGGCAUUUUCAUGCUUUUUUUCCCCCCAAAAGAAACUGCAUGCUGACAGCACUGUGUGUUAAUGUUGUAGUUAGUCUGAAGUCUGUAAUUAAAUUUUUUUUAAACCAUCAGUUCUCAUCUUUUAAAUUGUAAAUGCUUGUCCAUUUUUUGCAGUAUGGCUAAUAAUGAAUAGGUGGACAGGAGAAGAGGUAAAGCCAUAGAUAUAUAGGAGUAUUGAGGAAUAGUGGGGGGUGGGGGGUGAAUGCAAGAGGCUCACCUCCUGUUACAACUUGAAUGCUAUUUCCUCUGUAAUUUUUAAGAAAAGGCUGGUUUAACCUUUCAGUGGACCAAUAUCAAUGACCGUGGUGUCAAUUAAUACUAUUCAAUUUGAGAAGUAUAAGAAGCGGGGUACUUUUUAAAAGAAAAUGAAAGCCUUAUUUAUUUUUCUUGAAAUAUGGUUUGCUUUUUUGCAACCCUUUCCUAAUCUAUAGAUACUGUGUAUAUUCCUUUUUAAAAGGUCACCCAUAUAUAGGAGAUCGGAAAGAUGUUGUCAUGGCUUUAUUAAGAGUGUUCAGUAUUUUUGAGUAAAUCACCAAGGUGUCAGCUGCAGUUUGUUGGUAUUAUAGUGAGUUAUGUCUUGUGUACCAACACAUUGUAAAUCUGUCCAAAACUCUUGUGGUCAAUUUUUAAUGUAUGUUGGCCUGAAUAAUGUACUGUUAUUUGUCCAAUAUUUUGCAGUUCUGAGUUUUUCCUCUGCCUUCUUGUAACAAAUUAUGUACAGUCUAUACAGUACUUUGAACUAUUUUUAUCACAGUAUUUAUUGCUUUCUUUCAAUAAAAUACUUAAACUUUUAUUUUCCACUGCCAAUAAACAAAAAUGAAAACCA